UGAGGCUAUUAUUACAGCUAGGGUUGAACUAAAUCUAAAUAAAUUUAAUAUUACUUGAGCUGUGAUAUGGAGAUUCUUAGCCUUUUAUGAAAGUAGCCUAGCGGGCUUUCUGUAAUAUGUGCUGUAUACGGUUACUUAAGAGCAUAAUCAGCUAAGAAGGUUAUCUAGCAGAAACGUUAGCUAGCUCUCUCGAUAGCUUGUAACUUACGUUUUAUCAAGUGGGGCUGGCUCGGUCACUAGCUAGCUCAUUAACGCCGGAUAGUUAACCAGUUACAUAAAGUAUCCGCUUAGUUUAAUUACAUCAGAUUUCUUUCCUGAGAUAAUGGUUAACUUUAUCACAUAAUUGUUCAGUAUAAAUAGCUAGUCAGGCAAGGCUAGUUUGCUAGCUCAGUUGAUAGGCCAUCGAGUGUCAGGAAACAAGCUAAAAAAAAAGCCGAUAACGUCAACUAGCCGGGUCCUCCAGGCUGGUCAGAAUAAAUACAAAGGAAAUUCUUCGAGAUUGAUGCCUUCAGUGUCAUCACAUGUUGACUGAAAACAGGAAGCGGCAGCGUGGUGGCCAUGAUGAGGAGAGCAGCCACCUGGUGCCCCAAGCCAAAAGGCAAAGCAGAGCUCAUCCUCUCUCUCCUGAGCCAGGACGGGAUGCCUGGGACUCUGAGUCAUCCAACAGUGAGAGCAGCAGCAGCAUCAGUAGUCCAGAACAUGUGGCUGGGAGCUGCAGCAGUCGAUGUGCUGUGGGCCCCUGCAGUCCCCCAAGCUCAGCCGACUACUCCGAACUGGCCGGCCCUACAAACCUGGUGACCUACCUGCAGAUCAACCGCAUCCUGAAGGAGGCCCACUUCCAGAGUCUGCAUAGCCGAGGUCAGCUCACAGACACGCGAUGACCUAAU